AUGGCCGGCCAGGAAUCCCACUACGACUAUGUGCCAUCUCUUGCGGCGGCGGUCAUCUUUGUGGUGGUGUUCGCCCUCCUUUCCCUCUAUCACCUAUAUCUUCUGGUCGAGAAGCGAGUCUGGUUCUGCGUUCCCCUGCUGGUCGGAGGUGUCUUCGAGGUGGUAGGCUUCACCGGCCGAGCGGUCGGCCACUCCGACGGCACCUCUCUGCCGCCGUACAUCCUGCAGGCGCUCCUGAUCCUCCUGGCGCCGAUCCUGUUCGCCGCUUCGACGUACAUGUUGCUGGGACGGAUCAUGCGGCAGACCGGGGCCGAGAGCUACUCCGUCAUCCGGGUCAACUGGCUCACCAAGGUCUUUGUCGUCGGCGACAUCUUCUGCUUCCUGGCCCAAGCCCUGGGCGGCGGCAUGCUGGCUGGCGCCGACACGGCCGAGGACAGCUCCCGCGGCGAGAAAGUCAUCCUGUUCGGCUUGGUGCUGCAGAUCGUCAUCUUUGGGGGUUUCCUCGUCGUCGCGUUGCUGUUUCACCAGCGUCUUCGCCGGAAGCCGACAGACUUGGCCGUGAGUGGAGGGGUUCCAUGGCAGCGGCUGAUGGUCACCAUGUACGGCGUCAGCGGGUUCAUCACGCUGAGAAAUCUGUUCCGCGUCAUCGAAUACGCUUUGGGAGACGACGGAUACCUCCUCACCAACGAGUGGCCGAUCUACAUCCUCGACGCUCUCCCCAUGGCAGCCGUCCUCGGUAUCACGGUCUUCUGGUACCAGUGUGACAUUGGCAAAGCCAACAGUGGCAUUAGUCUGCAACGUGUGAGCGUCUGA